CCCGCACUCAUAGUUGGGUGAUCAUUCGCCGGAAUCUUUUCUGCGCGGGUUAAUCUACUUUUCGCGAGCAAUUCUGUUCUAGGCAGUCGGACUUAAGAGCAAUUCACGGAUAUCCGUUCUGUCAGCGGUGACGCGUGUGUUGUGUGUUUCUCUAGGAAGUGAAGUGGUGUUUUCGGGCAAAGAAUAUUAUUUUGACUAUUUGUGAAUAAGAGUUUGCCAAACGGUAGUGAAGUGUCAAUCUUUUGUUCUGGCACAGAACACGAAGAAAUAGUUUGGUCCAGAGACUUGGAGAAGAAUCCUACACCUGGAAAAAAUGAACCUACGAACGAGGGCCUUCGUAGGCCUGUUGUGUAUAGGGCUUGCAACGGCGCAGCUCAACUACCGGCCGGAGUUCAUCUCGGCUGGACAGGGCUUCCAGGCGUCAUCGAAGUAUCAGAGUAAAUCCAUUUCCAAACGUCAGGCUCCGGGUGGUGAUGGUGCUGAUGUUAUACCGCAUGAUAUGAAAAAGCAAACUACUUUCUGGUGGGUUGCGCCAGACGCUCCUUUUAAAGCUACUAAAAUAGGUGGUGGUGUGCAGGAGCCUCCAGGUGGGGCUCAGGAUGGCGCCGGUGCUGGUGUUGUUGGUGUUGCCGGUGUUGCUGGUGUUGCCGGUGGGGCUGCUGGUGGUCAGGCUGGUGCUUUCGGAGGUACACAGUCUAAUUUCCAAUCAACGGCGAGCCGUACGUUUGGUGCGGCUGGCCAAUCCGGGCAAGUUUCAGGCGGAGCUACGGCUUCAGUACAAAGCGCUACAGCUUCUAGAACUGUUGGUAGUCAAACGGGAGCUGCGGGCCAGACAGCUGGAACAUUUGGAGCUGGAAGAACUACUAUUUCAAGGACGUCUACCGCCACAACAAGAACUUACGGAACGGGAAUUGGUGGGACAGCAGGACAAAUUGGACAAACAACGGCCACUCAAGCAGGAGGUACCCGAACCAAUACUUUCACUUCUACGGGUCAGGUAAGUACGGGAAUCGAAGGAGGUGCCCCAGCCCAGCCAACGGUCACCGGAGGUGUACGAACGACCAGCAGUUUCAGGAAAACUUCGUCAACCACGUCAACGGGUGUAGCCCCGGUGCCAGUCCCAGGUCAAACCACCACAACCAGCGAGUUCAACACAGCUGGCAUUCGUACGAAUACUGCCACCACCUCAAACACUAACACAGCUAUUACUUCAACUAAUACGCAGCAACAGCCGCCUCCUUUCCAAACUAACACAGGAACGACUACUUCUGCCUUUGAUUCAACUAGUAGAACUACCGUAACCGGUACAAGAACGGGACUGCCGCCUUCUCCUAUUCUGCCAAGUCCAGGUGCAGGUUCUACCGUCACCAGGACCCAGGAGCGUACCGGAACCGGUCUCACCAGUCACACCAUCACAACCGGCGUCAAUGUGCAGCCGUUCUUCAAAAAGACCACCGUCACCUCGUCCGGAUAUGAUUAUCCGGUGCCGCAGAAUGUGCCCUGCUACGAGGCCAACAAGGUUUGCACGCCGAAUGAGUUUUGCGUGAAUGGAUUCGUAGAUGAGGAGCAGCUGAAUCAAUUCAACACCAACAAUCAGAAUUGCAACUCAGCGACAGAGCAGUGCUGCAAGAUUCGCCCAACGCCACCGGCAACGCAGUGUCCAGACGACAGCUAUGUCUGCGUAUCACCCAGCUUAUGCAACAACGGUUUACUGAACUUUGAUGCGCAGAACGCGAUCUCGUCCCUACAACCGAACGGCCAAUGUUUCUCCCCGGAAGUAUGCUGCCGAACGCAAUCCCUAAUCUCCGAGUCGUCCGUGCUGACCAACGAAGGAUAUGUAGUAAGAGUACCAACCAAUCAAUACCUUCCUCCGGAAGGAGCAAACACAAACACAGACGUUGUAACAGCACCUCCACCACCACCACCACCACGACCCACCACACUACGCCCACGGCCCACCACACCACGCCCACCACCACCACCACCCACACCAACACGUUACAUUCCACCCCAAACCACCACACGUUACGUACCACCACCAACCACUACACGUUACGUACCACCACCAACCACCACUCGUUAUGUACCACCACCAACCACCACGAGGUACUUCCCGCCACCGCCACCGUCCACCACGCGCCCUCCAUACCGUGCAGAAGAGUACGUUCCACCAAGAGAAGAAGCACCGGCACCCUCAAAUGUCGAUCCUAACGUAGUGAGACCUCCACAGGAUGAGGUGCCAAAUCCAGCCAAUGAUACACCGGUUGCGAUCCGACCGGCGCAGCCCCCACGACCAUCCCAGCCCCCAGUAGGAGGAGAGGCCCCACCACCAUUACCACCGAUAGGUUGUUCCGCCGCUAUGAACUGUACCGAGACCCAGUUCUGUUCGUCUACUGGUGUAAUCUCGAAAACGCCAGUUAUUCUUACACCGGAGCAGGAGCUGUUCCGCGUCCCAGUUACGGAGUGCCGCAGCCCCGAUCGAGGAUUCACCGGAGUUUGCUGUCGAGAUCCAGACUAUGUUGAUCCAUGGCCAGUAGGUUUGCUCGGAUUGUAUAACCCAGAAUUGCUUCCCUUCGACGAUGGCUCCUAUAAGCCGAACGGCAACAAUGGCAACGGAAAUGCGAACGGGAACGGCGCUGUUCGGGCGCAAACAACUCGUAACGAAGCGUUCCAAGCGGCACAAAGUCGCGUAACCCCCGCACAGACUUUCGCACCUAUUCAGUUGUCCAGUGCCAGCCAGACGCAGAACACUCAGGUCAAGUCACAGUACGAUCGAGGAGUAACGGCGCCCGCGUCGUCCACCACCGUCCAACAGCAGCAAUAUAAUGGUGGUAGCACUGGCAGCAAGCGCUUCACUGCCGGAGGUUUGCAGUUUGUUCACAGCGGAAAUACCAAGUUUAAACCGUUCCAGAAGCAGGGCAAUAGACAAUGUGCUCCCAGGAAUUAUAACACUCAACCGCGAGGAGCCGGACAGUGGGAUACCGGAUUCGGCGAGUUCCCAUGGCAAGCGAUGGUUAUCCUUGAGUCAAACAAAUCUCUCCUGUGCGGAGGAGCUAUCAUUUCGGAAAAUACUGUAGCGACUGCAGCUAAUUGCGUUUACGGCUUGAACCCACGGGACGUGAUGAUCAAGGGUGGCGAAUGGAGACUGGGAGUGGAUGCAGAACCAAAGACUUUCCAAAUUGUACGCGUGAAGAACGUUAUCUACCAUCCGGCUUACCAACCGACGACACUGAACUACGACGUGGCUCUUUUGGUUCUCGAAGACCGGCUACGGUAUGACACACAUAUCGGAGCUAUUUGUCUGGAUGAAAACGAUGUUGUUCCAAGUGCAUCGUAUGAAAACUGCGUUACUACCGGUUGGGGACGGGAGGUGUUAAGGAUUCACAUCGGAAACGCUCUGAUGCAUUACAUGCCAAUUUCUCUCCUGUCGGAAUCGGAAAGCCAGCGACAGCUAACGGCGAAUGGAUUCACACCGGAGUCACACGUUUGCGGUCGUCCAACGGCGGAUGCUUGCGAUGCGGACAUUGGUAGUGCCCUUGCGUGCGCUGACACUAGCGGAACCUACUACCUGAAGGGUAUCUACUCGUCCGACAAUGGCUGCGGUCGGCCGGAUCAGAUUGUAUCCUUUACGAACAUCGAUGUGCAAUGGAUUAAGCAAGCGUUGAAGAAUCCCAACCAGUUCAUUACUUCUGUGUCGAACUACCAGACGGCAGCCAAUAGCCCGGUAGCUAGCAUUCAGCAACCAUCAACGUUCGGGCCGAACUACGGUAGGACCUAUCUGCCACCGUAUAAAUAAGUCAAAAGAAACCACUGAGAUAUCAUACAGAGAACUUACUAAAUGCUUUAGAUAAAGAAAAACCUACUCUAGCCGAUAGAUAUGACGACAUUACCACUGUUUAUUCAUACCUAUGAAGCCAUUCUGCCGUCCAUCAUUUACCUCCCGAAUCGAUGUUAACUUCAAGCAUUCGAAAAGAUAUAUCAGGCCACAACCGGUACCUAAAGCAUCAGAACAAAAAAAGAUGUCCAAAUUCUUCAUUAAAUCAAGCGCAAAAGGACAACCAAAUGGAAGACGAAAAAACAGACCAUCUACCUUCAUCUGCAAACACUUAAGCCUGUAGUACACUCUUUGACCAAGCGUCAAAUAUUUGUCACUUUUUGACAGAUAAAAAUUUAGUCAAAGAUAAUUAUUUGUCACUCUCCAAUUUUAACAUGGGGCAAUCAAACAUCAAAUCUGACCUUCUGACAUAAUGGUCAAAUCAAUUUGACCAUUAUGUCAGAAGGUCAAAUAUUCGACCAUUGGUCAAAGAGUGUAAUACAGGCUUUACAAAUAUUUCGCUUAGGUAAUUUUCCAUUAGUGGUAGAACUUAUUUGUUAAACACAACGCAUUCCAUAGCAGAGCCGCCGCUUUCCCAAAUCCCUCGAUUCAGAAUGGUAACUGAUAAUGUAUUUCACCUUGUACAAAGCCCAUCUAUCGCUAAUGUUUAAUUUAGAACUAUUUGUUUUACCGAAUUUUACUGCGUGAAAGCAUGGCAGCACAAACGAACACUUUUGAUUAUUAUUUUUAACGCACGAACUUAAGCCUGUAGUACACUCUUUGUCUAAUGGUCAAAUAUUUGUCCUUCUGGCAUAAUGGUCAAAUUUAUUUGACAUCAUGGUUGUUGUUUGCCCCAUGUUAAAAUUGGAGAGUGACAAAUAAUUAUCUUUGACCAAAUUUUUAUCUGUCAAAAACACAAAUAUCAAUCUGUCAAAAACACAAAAAGACAAAUACUUGACGCUCGGUCAAAGAGUGUACUACAGGCUUUACUCUUAAUGAUUUUGAACACUUCUCUAGCUAAAGGAUUAAAUUACAAAAUGCAUUUGAUAAUUUUUGCUGUUAUUCGCCAUGCCCGACAGGAAAGUGUAGAAUUUAUGUGAUCAGGACAAAAGUAGUAAUAAUAGUGGUAGCAGAGGGCAGAUGUCGAGAAUUUUGAACAGAUUCUUCUGAAGGCCAGAUAAUGCAAGCUGAUGUUGAUAUGUAGUGUAGUUUCCAUCACUGGAAGGAGAUGCGCGAAGACGGAGACGACAAACAAUACAGUGGAUACCGUAAACAUGUAUAACGUAAACAUAUAUUUAGUGAUAUUUAAAUACCUGUACAUACAAUAUUAUGUAAGAGAUUUUUUUUUAAGAAUAA